AUGCAGUCGCAGAGCUAUUCCUCUUUUUACAUGCGGAUGCGUCAGACCUACGCUCCGGGUGCACACCAGCAAGAGCAUCAUGCUAAUGAUGAUAGUCCUCAGCAUCAGCAACAGCAGCAACAGCAGCAGCAGCAGCGCCGCUCUGAUGUAAUGGAUGCAUCUCCGGAGACUGCUUACGCACCCCCAUCGCUAUGGAGCCGUGGUGCCAGUAGCGUAGAGAAGUCUAGGCCGCUUUCGGAAGUAGUGGCGCCGCCGCCGCCACCGCCGUCGUUCCGUGCCCGGCAAUCGGAGGGGCGUUACGACGUGGGUGCCCUGGCCGAGAUUCAACAGAAGCUGGCAGCCAUCCAAAACCGCGGAAGUCCGGCUCAAUACGAGGUUCCACAGCAACGACCACACCCACACCCACAGCCGCAACAACAACAGCAACAGUCAAAACAACAUGAGCAGAUUGUACCCUACUCUCCCUCUGCGGCGCAGCCGGGCGUUGACUAUAAGCCUGUGGGUGGGUGUGGCGCCCCAGUGGAGCGUAGGGUGUCACCAUAUUCACCUGUUAUAUCUUCUCCGUCCUCGCGUUCCUCUAAACAUGAGGAGCUUCACGACAAGUUCACCACGAAGAAUGUCCCUCCCACGCCUGCUGCAGGGUGUGGCGGGGAAGCCGACGAUGAGGUAUUGACACCACAGGAACUGACCUUCCUGAGAGUGGUGGAGUUUGCUGUUCCCGUUGCAGUCUACGCACAGCUGGAGCCAACGGCAGGUAUCGUCGCAGUGUGCGAGCAGGCAAUCGCAAAGCUGUUCCCUCAGCAUCUCGUUCUUAUUCGUCCGGAUGGUGUUGCGGCUGUCGAGUUGGUCAUUGAAGAGCUCUGCGAGCUGAACGAGGAUGAGAAGAUAUGUGCGCUGGACUGUGUUGUACAGGCGAAGGGCACAACUCGGCGGCAGCUCAUCCGCGUUGUCUGCCCUGACUCAAUUGCGCGCGGCACGCUGUUUAAACUUGUGUGUGCGCGGAGAACACAGUUAGAGAAUGCCAAACGGCAGCAAAAGAACGGCCACGCCCCUUAG